GGCUGUCCCGGGCGUCCCCGCGUGCUCCUUGCCCCCGGGGGCUCCGAGCAUCCUUCACUGUUCUCAGGCCGCUCCCCCUAGUUACUUGGGUCCUCCAGCUGUCAUUUCGGACUUCGACAAUGCCAUCCUGCCCCCCGUAUUACUCUGGGCCCCUCCAAAGUUUCCGAAUCUCCUGUGUUACCCUGGGCUUCUUUCCCUGCUUUGUUGGGUCUUUUUACUCCUGACCUCCUCUGUUACCCUGGAACCUGCGCUGGGAUCUCUGCUCUCCGCUGCUAACCCUCUGCUGUCACUCCGGACCUCUUCUGAGUCCUCAGGAUGACUGUCCUCUGAGUCCCCCACUUCUCUCCUGGUGCUCCCUCGCAGUUUCUCUGCCUUCUCUGGAGUCCUACGGUUACUCUGGGCUGGGCCCUGUCGUCCCUCAUGCGCCUCCGUCUGUGGUUCCCACGUUCCUCGGCAGAACUCCAUAUUUCCCCCCUGGUACUCCAUGGUACUCCCUGUCUUUGCGGAGGCUGGGACAGGCAGCAGGAAGGGAGCUCUGCCAGGUUCCUCGCCUGCCCUGCCAGAAGGAGGCCCUUGAUCCUUUUCCCACCGUCUCCUCCCCUCUGGGAGCGCUUCCAAGCCUGGAGUUGCUUGGAGGGGGCAGUCCUAUUGGACAGAUGCAAAGUUAGAGGGAGAGAGAAUCCCCUCAAUAGCCUUUCCCCAGGUGAGGGCCCAGCUCAGGAGGCCCUGCAGUCCUUGAGCCGGCGGCUUCAGGUGCAGGAGAAGGAGAUGGAGCUGGUGAAGGCAGCCUUGGCAGAAGCUCUUCGCCUGCUGCGGCUGCAGGCACCCUCCACCUCCCUGCAGGACCCUGGCACCCUGGGCCCUCCAAGGGACAGCAGCCCCGCAGCGCCCCCAGGACUGCCACCCACAUGCAGCCCCUCCUUGGUGAGCCGAGGCACCCAGACGGAAGCAGAGAUGGAGGUGGAACCAUCCCCUGGCCCCCCCGGGCUGAGCAACGGGCCCCCAGCCCCUCCGGGGGGCAGUGAAGAACCUAGCGGGACCCAGUCUGAAGGAGGGGGCAGCAGCAGCAGUGGCACGGGCUCCCCUGGCCCCCCAGGGAUCCUCAGGCUGGCUCAGCCCCCCCAGCGCACUGACACGCCACGGAGAAAUUCUUCCUCCUCAUCGCCCUCAGAGCGGCCUCGCCAGAAACUCUCCCGGAAGGCAGCUUCCUCUGCCAACCUGUUAUUGCGGUCAGGGAGCACAGAGAGGAAGAAAGGAACAAGUGCUCCUGGGGCGCCUGCUGUGUACCCAGCACUGUGCCAACCCCUCGACCUCCUCCAUCUCAUUCAGUCCCCACGACAUCCUUGGGGGGUAGGUGGUCUCAUGCUGUUCAUUGGCCAGGUGAGGAAGCAGGCUCAGAGAGGCCGUGGGGGAAAAGACCCCCUCUCCAGCCCCGGCGGUCCUGGCUCUCGGAGGAGCAAUUACAAUUUAGAAGGCAUCUCAGUGAAGAUGUUCCUCCGAGGCCGCCCCAUUACCAUGUACAUCCCGUCUGGCAUUCGCAGCCUGGAGGAGUUGCCCAGCGGCCCACCCCCGGAGACCCUCAGCCUUGACUGGGUGUAUGGGUACCGGGGUCGUGACUCCCGCUCUAAUCUGUUUGUGCUGCGCUCUGGGGAGGUGGUCUACUUUAUCGCCUGUGUGGUGGUGCUGUACCGGCCUGGGGGAGGCCCCGGGGGCCCUGGAGGUGGUGGCCAGAGACAUUACCGGGGGCACACGGACUGUGUUCGAUGCCUGGCUGUUCACCCUGAUGGUGUGCGUGUAGCCUCAGGACAGACAGCCGGCGUGGAUAAAGAUGGAAAGCCCCUGCAGCCUGUGGUUCACGUCUGGGACUCCGAGACGCUGCUAAAGCUGCAGGAGAUCGGACUGGGGGCCUUCGAGCGGGGUGUGGGGGCCCUGGCCUUUUCAGUUGCGGAUCAGGGUGCUUUCCUCUGUGUGGUGGAUGAUUCCAAUGAGCACAUGCUGUCGGUGUGGGACUGCAGCCGGGGCACGAAGCUGGCUGAGAUCAAGAGUACAAAUGACUCAGUCCUCGCCGUUGGCUUCAACCCUCGUGACAGCAGCAGCAUCGUCACCAGUGGGAAAUCCCACGUCCACUUCUGGAACUGGAAUGGUGGAACAGGGGUUCCUGGGAACGGGACCCUCACCAGGAAACAGGGUGUCUUUGGGAAAUACAAGAAGCCCAAGUUUAUCCCCUGCUUUGUGUUCCUCCCCGAUGGAGACAUUCUCACUGGAGACUCAGAGGGGAACAUCCUCACCUGGGGGCGGAGCCUCUCAGAUUCCAGGACCCCAGGAAGGGGUGGGGCCAAAGAGACCUAUGGGAUUGUGGCCCAGGCCCACGCUCAUGAAGGUUCCAUCUUCGCCCUGUGUCUCCGGCGGGACGGGACUGUGCUGAGUGGUGGUGGGCGGGACCGCCGGCUGGUCCAGUGGGGGCCCGGAUUGGUGGCCCUUCAGGAGGCGGAGAUUCCUGAACACUUUGGGGCCGUGCGGGCCAUUGCAGAGGGGCCUGGCUCUGAGCUGCUGGUGGGCACCACGAAGAAUGCAUUGCUGCGGGGAGAUCUGGCCCAGGGCUUCUCCCCUGUAAUCCAGGGUCACACGGAUGAGCUCUGGGGGCUCUGCACACAUCCCUUCCAGAACCGUUUCCUCACCUGUGGCCAUGACCGGCAGCUCUGCCUCUGGGAUGGGGAGGGCCAUGCGCUGGCCUGGAGCAUCGACCUCAAGGAGACUGGUCUCUGUGCUGACUUCCACCCCAGUGGGGCAGUUGUGGCCGUAGGACUGAACACAGGGAGGUGGCUGGUUUUGGAUACAGAAACCAGAGAAAUUGUGUCUGACAUCACCGAUGGCAAUGAGCAGCUAUCAGUGGUCCGGUACAGCCCAGAUGGGUUGUACCUGGCCAUCGGUUCCCAUGACAACAUGAUCUACAUCUAUAGCGUUUCCAGUGAUGGUGCCAAGUCCAGCCGUUUUGGCCGCUGUGUGGGUCACUCCAGCUUCAUCACUCACCUUGACUGGUCCAAGGAUGGGAACUUCAUCAUGUCCAAUUCUGGGGACUAUGAGAUCCUUUACUGGGACGUGGCUGGAGGCUGUAAGCUGCUGAGGAAUCGCUAUGAGAGCCGAGACCGGGAGUGGGCCACCUACACCUGUGUGCUGGGCUUCCAUGUCUACGGCGUGUGGCCAGAUGGCUCGGAUGGAACUGACAUCAACUCCCUGUGCCGCUCCCACAAUGAGCGCGUCGUGGCCGUUGCCGACGACUUCUGCAAAGUGCACCUCUUCCAGUACCCGUGCGCGCACGCCAAGGCACCGAGCCUCGUGUACGGUGGUCACGGCAGCCACGUGACCAGCGUCCGGUUCACGCACGACGACUCGCACCUCAUCUCGCUGGGCGGCAAGGACGCCAGCAUCUUCCAGUGGCGAGUGUUGGGCGCUGGGGGCACGGGGCCGGUGCCCACCACGCCCUCUCGAACCCCCUCCCUGUCCCCUGCCUCCUCUCUUGACGUCUGACCCACCGGCCCUGCAGUGUGGCCCUGCCCCACCCACCCAAAUCCCCCAGGACCGGGGCGACCCUGUCCUCGACUUCGAGACAUUCCCAAAAGUGCAUUUCCCUGGAGGGGGCGAACGGCACCCCUGCACACACUGUAUAGACCCGCUGGCUGAGCCGGGCAGCCCCAGCCUGGGCCCUGACUCCCGCUGCCUGCUGAGGGGCAAUAAACCAAAAGCAAAGUC